AGAGAGGAGUUAAACAGUUUGAUGGCGUGUGGGACAAAGGAGUUUUUAAGUCUACGAAGAACUCCAGAGGGUAUUCCUUGCCUGCAGAGUGGCAUGAAAGUGUUGCUGUGCCAGCUGUUUGAAUUUCCUCUCCUCCAUAUGCCACCAGUUUAGUUUUCUGUGAUGGCAGGAGUUUUUCAUCUUGUCUCUGUUGUUCAAAAAGGUCAGCCGGCAUGACAUUACAUGUCCACCUUGAGCUCUAUGGGUUUUCCAUUAAUAUGCACCGUGGUGAAAAUGUCAAUCUUGUAUGGAAAGCAGGGGUUUAUAGUGUCUAUAUUAAUUCCAUUCACAUAGAACAUUUCCUCAUCACUGCUAGGCGCUUGCAUCUCAAUGUGGUUAACGGGUCUCUUUUUGAAUUGCCGUGUUUGUGAUGACUUGCAGCAUUUCUGGAAGUGAUUCCAUUUUUGGCACUUAUGGCAUUGCUGGCCAUAUGCUGGGCAUUUGUCUCUUUUUGCCUCGUGGCAGUUGUUGCAGUUUGUUAUUGCGUGAGCGGGCCUCUGUUCUGGUUGUGUUGCACGCUCAUUGCCUGUCUUCGUCUUGACUUUGUGUAGAUGUUUUUCUUUAUAAUGUGAUGCAAGGUAUCCACCUUUGCGGCCAUUUGUUUUGGAGCUGCUAGAGCUUUUGUAUGUUGAUCUGUCUGCUCGAAUAUCUGGCACAUUUCAAUUGCUUUGCUCAAAGUUAGGUCACUGUCGCGCAGCAGUUGCUUUCUCAUGCUGUCACUAUUUAUGCCACAAACGAGUCUGUCUCUGAUAGCUCGUCUUUAAGCUGGCCAAAUCUGAAACUGCCUGCCUUAUUUUUCAAGUCGCUCACGUAAGACUCAAUUGUUUCAUCUGGUCGUUGGUUUCUGGUGUUAAACUUGUGCCUUUCCAUUGUUAUGUUUGUUUGGGGAUUACACAGUUCCCGAAAUUUGCGCUUGAGACCGGGUCUUCUCUCGAUUCUGCUUCGGUCACCGAUCGUCUGUGUUCUCCUUCCCCCGCGUGCACAGCGGGUGCAUAAACGAAGGUGCGCUCCCGCUCGAUGGCUUCAGAGCCGGCCAGGUUUAGCAGGAUGAACGCUCUAGUUCGAGCAUCCUUAUCGGAAUGAGCAGCAGCUAUGAAUAUGUCGUAUUCCUGCUCGAAUACACACCACUUCUCGGCGAUGUUUCCACUGAACACCAAAGGUUCUGGUCUAUGGAAUCCGUCUGAUGUGGUCGUUGAUGCUUAAUAGCCUUUGCUACGAUAGCCGAGCAACGCUAGCUGGUUGUUUGCUUCAUCCGCAAAGUGCUGAGAAAACGUUAGCCUGACAGCUCGGCAGGGCUGUAGCACACGACCAAACCACAACUUCUGACACCAUGUUUGAUGUUCAGUACUGACUCUGGAUUCGUGAUUACUAGCAAGCUUUGUUUUACUACAUAACCGAGCAGCCAUUACAUGUAAGCAACUUCACUCCCGGGGAGGGCGGGUCUCACCUCCGCGCUGUCUCACUGCGUGCGUGCACAGCGUACUACUCGGAACAGGUAUAUGAAAGCAGCAUUAACGAACAAUAUUAGUCGGAUGUUCUACAAUAACCAAACAGCAGCUAACUUUAAUAUUUUCACUAAACAUAAGAUGGCUUAGAUGGCGUUUUUCCUGAGACCUGAGGAUGUCCUGAAAUGAACACCAUAGCAUCAGAUCACAUCAAAUAUCGCAUGUUGUUGUUUGAGGUUCUGGUAGAAAAACCGUUUAAUGUUAAGCUGUUAUCAUUUUUAAUAAACUUGAAGUUAUAUUUGGUUAUUGAUUUUUCGAUGCAUGCUAACAGGUAAAUCGUUGUUUUGUCUUUUGUCUUAAUAAAGUCAUCUUAACGCCAUCAAACUCUAUCCAAACUAUCUUUGGCCUUUCAUUAUGCUCAUAUGUCAACUUAUUCAUUUUUCUGAUGUUUGGUCUCUGCAUGAUCACAUGGUGUUCAGGCCGGUGUUGAUUAGAGCUGCAGCUCUGAGAUUCCCAGUAGUGUGACAGAAAGAGCCAAUUAAGCAGCCCCGAUAAUUAAUCCCUGUGUUCUUCUCAAAGGAAGCCAAAUUCUGUUGUACUGACCUCGGGACCAAUUAGCUUCAAAAGGAAAAUGGGAACAAAUAUACGGAUGAAAUACCUGAAGGAAGGAGCAGCAGACAAAUUAGAUUUCACGGUUUAAACCUCAGAGGAAACAUCUGCGCUCCUCUGAAUUCAAUAUCAGAGCAGGAAAUAAUAUCACGCUGCAGCUUUUCAUCGUAGGAGGAAAGAUAUAAUCACUUAUAUAAUAUUUAUUUUCUUUCUGAAGAACAUUUAAGUAUUUAUUUAUUUUUGCACACGCUACCAAACAUAAAACGUGAUUAGGAACUUAACUUAAAGUUUGUUAACUCAGUGUUUAUCACACGAGAAUCAGAAUAUGUAUCGGCCUUAUAAAACAGACGUGCGUGUGCACAAAAACCACCAGAUUCAGAGUCGCGUCAGGUUGUCCCACAUGUCUCUGCUCGUUGUCCUAACAGACCCACACCCUGACAAACCUCCGGAGACCGAUGGGCUCAGGGACCUUUACACUCCCACAAGCUGCUUUGAGCCAAUCACAGCGGUGCUGUGUUUGAGGUCAGCCUUUCAGUGGGACAUGAGCAACUGGCUAUAAGAUGACCUGAGAAAAGACCGGGUUUUUCCUGACGUUAAACCAGCGCUGCAGGUGAAGCCAGAGCCAUGUUGGAAGCACCGCUAAGCAGAAACUUCUCCCAUUGCACAUUUGUGUUACGAGGGUUUCCCUCGCUGCAGAAACACCGCCGGCUGUUGGCGCUGCCAUUUAGCGCCUCCUACCUGUUGGUGCUGCUCGGAAACUCUCUGCUGGUGUACGUCAUCUGCAGCGUGGAGAGACUGCACAGCCCCAUGUACCUCCUCAUUUGCACGCUCUGCUUUGUUGACAUCCUGGUUGUGACAACCAUCAUCCCCAACAUGCUCCUUGGCUUUCUGUUCGACUGGAAUGAGAUUUCAUUGGUCGGCUGCUUGACUCAAAUGUUCUUCAUUCAUUUCCUGUCCUCAGUGGAGUCAACCCUGUUGUUGGCAAUGGCACUGGACCGCUACUUCGCCAUCUGCCGGCCACUGCGCUACAAUGACAUAAUUAACUCCUCCAUGCUGGUGAGGCUAGUGCUCUUCACGCUGGUGCGCAGCGUCUCCGUCAUGGCGACGCUCGUAGGUUUGGCAGGUUCUCUGCAGUUCUGUGGUUCCAACGUAAUCCAGCACUGCUACUGCGACCACAUGGCGCUGGUCAGCCUGGCGUGUGACAGCACAAGCCGGAGCAGUGCAGCUGGCCUUGCUGUCAUCAUCUGCUUUGUAGGAGCUGACAUACCAAUUAUUUUCUUUUCCUAUAUGAAGAUACUGAGCGUGGUCUUGCGAUCGGCAGCAGCUGGUGAAGACAGCAGGAAAGCUUUUCACACCUGCAGCACUCACCUCAUUGUUAUGAUGUGUUUUUACCUGGUGGGCAGCAUCACCUUCCUCUCUCACAACCUGAACAUCCCCAUACCAACAGAUAUCAACAAUUCCAUGGGACUCAUGUACAUCCUUUUCCCAGCAACAAUCAACCCUAUCAUCUACGGAGUACGAACCAAAGAAAUCCGUGACAGCUUUCUGAGAAUUUUCAAAAACAGAGCAAAGAAAAUAAUGACUGUGAAGGUUUCGUCUGCUGGAAAAGAAAAAUCAUGAAGCCCCUCUUCUGUGGGGUUUGGUUUAUAUGAUCUUCAUGAACCUCUUUUAUGCAAACAUACUUUUUUAUACAACUAAUGCCUGUAGUUUCAGACUCUGAAGUGGAAACAGGACCUUGGAACCAUCCCAGAGUUUCAGAUUAUAGACGGCUGCUUUGAAACUGGGUCCUGCUCAUAUGCACCAAAUUUUUGCUUUUGGGAGUUCUUGGGUGCUGGAAAAUAUCCCGUCUGGGAACUCUGUUGUCCAGUUGGGGUACCUCAUUUUUUAAUGUUGGCAAUAACAGAGAAACUUGCUGAUGGGGAGGAAGGGCUUGCUGGAGGCCAAGUGUUGUUCUGUUACUGGACUUCUGUGCUGUUGGUCUAUAAUGAACAUUGGUUGAUUUUGUCAUUUUUUACUACAUGCAAUGGCCAACUCACCUGUCUCUGACCUGGACUAGGUGUAUUAAGGAGGAUGCCAGACAGCCAUGAAAAAUGAAAGUGUGCUGGGAGGAUCUGGGACGGGCCUUGGAGUGGAGAUCUUCACCUCCUGCAAAACUUUUGCAGCAUUAUUCUGAUUGGGGCCAGGGACACCGAGUCUGAAUGGACCAUAUUCAACACCACCACUGCUGAUGUGACUGAAUGAGGCUAUGGCUGUAAGGUGUUUAGGGCACGUCAUGGCAGAGCCCCACCAGUAAACACUGGAGGUAAAGGGAAAUGUGAUGGUGAAGGAGUAGACCUAUCAGGGAUAAAGGGCUUAUGGGACAGUUGGCAUGUUUAGGCAGAGUACGACCAUGACAUGAAAAAAGAGUGGGAGUUUGUCAGGGAGUAAGGUAUUUGCUGCUGCUCUUGUGACCUAAGCGCAGAUAUGCAGCAGAAAAAUCAAACUGUGACUGCAAGGUAUACAUGAGUCUGAAAACCUCCUGCAAGACGUGUUAUCUGAAGUCUAACUGUUAAUGAAUGCUCAGGGAUUCAGACAUGCUGUCGAAAGCAUUUGCUGUUUGGUGAAUCACUAUAAAGCUUCUUUAAAAGGCAUCUCUACAAUUAAUACAUUCAUUCAUUUCCUUAAAUGGAACACCCGGCAUUAGGCAUUAGCACAAGUACCAUAUUUUUCACACUAUAAGGCGCUCUUAGAAUUAUUUAAUUUUCUCAAAAAUUGACAGUGCGCCUUAUGUAUGAAUUCUGGUUGUGCUUACUGACCUCGAACUGA